ACCCAAGUGUAAAUGAAGCAACCGGAAAAUGACGAAAAAUUAAAUUAAAUAAAAGAGAGGGGUAUUUGGGUAAUUAGAUGGCUUGCAUUGACAUCCAAGGCAAUCAAAGCGUCCAAACAGGGGCAUUAUCGGAAUUCGAUGCAGACAGUACAGGGACAAAGAGGAAACUCAGAAGGCACUUAAUGGUUGCUCAGAAUAAGAUGUCCAUCCUUAUGGAGGUAAGUAAUGGUAUAACAAAUAUAAUAAAAACCAAAACUUGAUCCGACGGUCACCACGUCUCCCUCCAAAUCUCAACGGUCCCCAACGCAAACCGCAUAUAAAAAUAUUUGACGUCGACGCCAUAUGGUACUAACGCCCUCCUUCUCUCUCUCCUCUCUCUCUCACCCCCUUUUCUUCCCUCAUCAUUUCUUUGUUGUCAUUUUUAUUAUAUAUUUUUAUUUUAUUUUCUUGGCUUCGAAAUAAUAAAAUUUUCCGUUCUCUCUGCUUCUGUUGGGAUCCUGGAAGAACUCGAAGAUCGGAUCGAGCGCUCUCUCGCUCUCGAACCCGAAACCACCGAGCUCUCUCUCACAGGUGUUACAUGGACUUUGGAGGCUUGGAGAGAGAGAGAGGGCGGAGCCGUCGACUUUGAACCGAGCAACCUGCGAUUCAAGUAAAAUCGAAGGUAAAAGGCCCCAGUUGAUUGAAUUAAAAUAAUGUCGUCGUCAAACUCACCGUGCGCAGCCUGUAAGUUUCUCAGGCGAAAAUGCACUCAGGAGUGCGUGUUCGCGCCUUAUUUCCCACCGGACCAGCCCCAGAAGUUCGCCAACGUCCACAAGGUAUUCGGAGCCAGCAAUGUCGCCAAGAUCCUCAACGAGCUCAACGCUACGCAGCGUGAAGACGCCGUGAACUCGCUGGCCUACGAAGCUGAGGCCCGCCUCCGUGACCCGGUCUACGGAUGCGUGGGCCUCAUCUCCAUCCUCCAGCAACGGCUCAAGCAAGUCCAGGCUGACCUCUACAACGCCAAGAAGGAACUCGCCACUUACAUGGGUCCUCAAGCCAUGCUCUCCAUUCUUCAGCCACCACCAACUUACAUGCCCCAACAGCUGCAAGGAAACGCUUCUUCUUCGGCUGUUUCGCCGUACACCAUGUCUCCGAUGAUGGGCAUUCCGACCGGCCCUACUUCCGGGCAGUUGAUGAUUCGAGAGCCGCAGCAGCAACAACAACAACAGCAAAUGUUUGAGGCUCAGCAGUUGGCGGCGGCUGUGGCGGCGAGAGAGCAGCAGGAGAUGUUCAGGAGUUUUGAUCAAAGUAAACAGUCAAUGCAGCAAGGUCAAGAGCAUGUGAGAUUCAACAGUGGGUUUGACUUGUCCCCCGGCUCAGUGACCGUGAGCGGGUUCACUCAGAUGGCUGGAGCAGUGUGCAAUGCUGUUUCUCCUUCUUUGGCUCUGGGGUUUGAUAGCAAUUCUUAUCAUCAUCCGAUUCAGCCGCAACAAUCACAUCAUCAUCAUCAGCUUCAGCUUCAGGCUCAGCUCUUGCUACAAACCCAACAGCCUCAAGGGCAGCAUCAGAACCAGCAAUCACAGCAGACGCAGCUGCAGCAAAAGUCCGAUCCAGGCGAGGAGGGCGGUAGGAGUGUGGGUCCCUCUUGUUGAUGGCAAUUUUUUCAGCUCCUCCUGCCUUCCCCGCUUUUUCAUUCAACUAAUUUUCAUCCUAGCAGUUCAUAUCUUCCGCAUACAACUGGAGAUCUAGAGAGAUAAAUAUAUAUAUAUAUAUAUAAAAAGAGAGUAGGAAAUGAGAUUUGGAGAGGUUCAAAUCUGAGGUCCAAAAUCUAAAUCAUUUUUUAGUUUUAAAGAGAAGUUUGAUUGGAGAGAUAUUUCCAAGUGUAGGAUCUGCAUUGAUCUUCGAGUACAGUAUUGAUCUUGAUCUUCUGGAUUAGUUGUGAUAUAAUUCACGCUUCUUUUUUGCAAACAUGUAAAUCUGAACUUCUGGAAUUAUCUAAGGCCUUUUUCCAUCUCUUCUAAUAUUAGCACAUCCCUUAUUGUUAUUAUUA